GUGGAAAAACUGCACUAAACCUUUAAAAUCAUGCUAAUCACAUGGACCAUUUCUUUAAUUUAAUUUAGUCAAUAUAUUAUUAAAUUACAUCACUAGUUAGACACUAGAAGACAAAAUGCGACAGUAUUUUUGGCAAUUUGUCAACUUGAAGCAAAAUAGAAAUCCUCUCUGCAACUACCCGUUAUAAAUCUCCAAUUUUUUCGAGGCAAAUUUCAGCUACACAAAAUGGCCACCAAAUGCAGCAUCCCGGCGAUCGAUCUACAAGAUUUCCCCAACCAAUUAUCCAAAUUGAUCUCAGCAUGCGAAGAAUGGGGAUGUUUCCGGCUAUUCAACCACCACGAGGUCCUCCCAUUGACGCUGAUGUCGGAGAUGAAGGCGGUGGUCAGAUCACUCUUCGAUUUACCGGCGGAGAUCAAGCGCCAGAACACCGACGUCAUCACCGGAAGCGGAUAUAUGGGUCCGAAGGUGAAUAAUCCGGUCUACGAAGCACUCGGAUUUCAUGACAUGUCAUCUCUUCAUGAUGUCGAUUCCUUUUGCUCUCAGUUGGAUGCUUCACCGGAUCAAAGAGAUACAAUCAUGAGAUACUGUGGAGCAGUCCAUGAAUUAUUUAUUGGGCUCGGAGUGAAAAUAGCCGAAGGCUUAGGGGUAAAAAGUGAAAAUAUUGGAUUCAAGAACUGGCCAUCUCGAUGCAGGAUGAACAAAUACCACUUCACCCCUGAAACUGUUGGUUCCCCUGGAGUCCGAACACACACAGACUCCGGUUUCCUCACCAUCAUCCAAGACGAUGACGUCGUCGGCGGUUUAGAAGUCAUGAACAACUCCGGCGAGUUCAUCGCCGUCGAUCCAUCGCCAGGCACCCUUUUCGUUAACCUCGGUGACAUGGCAACGGUUUGGAGCAAUGGAAGAUUUUGCAACGUGAAGCAUAGGGUGCAGUGUAAAGAGGCGAAGAUACGUUUUUCGAUUGCAUCGUUUCUUUCAGGGCCGAGAGAGGUGGUGGAACCGCCGCCGGAGCUGGUGGACGAUGAGCAUCCACGUGUGUAUGUGGCCACCACUUACGAAGAGUACAGGAAGUUGAGGUUUUCGAUGAAGCUGCAGGCAGGCGAAACUCUUGCACUCUUGUGCCCAUCAAGCUCCGACAAGUGAUUAACAUGGUUUUAAUCGGUCUCAAUAUGUUGAGAAAAAAUGUGGCAAUAUGUUUGGAGUUUAUGUUAGAAAAAUAGAAAACAUGAAAAUUACAUAUUUAAGAUUAGUAGAGGCAUAUUGCCUAAAUAAUUAUUUACGACAUUCCAAUAGAAGUUUUUUCGUAAACAAUGUCUUUGUCAAA